AUGUCCAAAGAUACUGCUCGUAUCGCUCAACUUUCAAAUCAUCUUUUGAAUCACAAACUAAAUAGUCUCUUGUUUACAGACUUGGAUUCAAUCAUUAAAAAUGAUCAAUCAUUUUCAAAUUAUAAAGAAUUGGAUUUCUUAAUUAAAUAUAAACAUUUAAUUCAUUUUUUUAAAAAAAGAGAAUUUGAAAAUUAUAGUGAAUAUUUUUGUGAAAUGUUUAGAAAUCAAAUUGUACCAAGAUCAUUUUCAAUUAGAUUAAUGUUGGAUAUUAUACCAUUGUUGGAAAGUUUAAACAAAGUUUAUUUUAAUUUGGAUGACACUAUGAUGUUGACCAAUUAUCUCGAAGACAUUCAAUCCAGUCAUUUGGCAGAUCAAUAUCUUCAAGGUAUUAGUGUUCAAAACCUACAAUCUCUUAGAUUGGCACUUUCUAGAAAUAUUGCAAAAUCAUUCAAACAUAAUCAACAACAAUUACAAAAUCAACAUACUCAACAAUUAAAAUUAUCAAUCUAA